GGCAACGCUCCUAGUUAUAGCUGAACGAAGCCAUGUGAGGAUCUGUAAAAUGGCGGCGCAGUGGCGUAGAAAAGAUGAGCAUAUAAUCACCGGCAACACGGACUUUCUGACCGCAAACACAUUCAAUGAGGCUGUCCUGGGUAAAGGGGAAGUCAGUGAUCUGGAAAUGGACACUCACUCCUGCCUGGACCCUUCCAUCCUGGCUAUGUUUGAAGACUCCGCCGUAGCUGCAGAGACUAGGAGCAGACUGGAUGAGGAGAGUGAGGCCACGUUGUUGACAGCUCUAACAGAGAUACUGGACAGUGUUGACGAUGAGACCCUGUCUCCCUUUGACACCCUGCCUGACACUGGGCUCUUCUCUGACCAGAGGCUACGGGACAACUCCCCGUUGAGGCGGCUGCUGAGUUUAACACGGUCUCCACCUGAUAAAGAAGCACUCUUUCGUUCCAUAAAGACCCCCUCUUCAUCUUCAUCCCCCUCUUCCUCUGUUGGAAAGGUUGAGACAGUCAUUACUGACAGACCCAGGAGGGCUAGGCUAACUCCCAGAGCCCAGGGCUCUUCCACAUCCAUACAGAGGAGCGAUGGAGAGGAGGAGGAAAGGAGUGAUACAGAAGAGGAGGAGGGCGGCAAGGUCCACAUUCACAGUCCGCCUCGGGGCUUCAAUCUGACCAAUCAGGACUCGGGAGAACUCUCCCUCGACCAAUCAGAAGUGAGAGCGCUGAACUCUGUAGAGAAGGACCAUGGCUACUCCUCUACAGUGUCCCUGGUGGACCUGGUGAAACUCAUGCACCCCUACUGCCUGAGGGUGUGCCUGGAUGAGGAGGGGAAGGACUGGAUCGGCACAUCCAGGCAGGAGGCCUCCUCCCUGGGGGAAUGGAGCGCGGACCAGAGAGUACCCCUUGAGGGCGAGGUGUGGAGGUAUACGAAGCCUGGUUCGGAAGAGAGCGACGAGGAAAUUGAUGUGGACGGAUCAGAUGACGAGUGUCCCUCGGGAGGAGGGAUGAAGAAUGAGAAAGGGGGGGAUGGAGAACAGGGAAGUAAAGGUGAAGAAGUGAAGCAACUAAAAAGUCUACUUGUGAAGUGGGAUGGGCCCAAAGAAGGCCAGAAGACCAAGAACAAAAAAAGAGUGAGCUUCGGACCUGUCCUGGUGACAUCCUACGAGCUACCAGAAACAGACGAACUUGACUUAAACGUGCUCCCGGACUUGAGCGAGCUCACCAGCCAAAUCCCCAUUUUUGACUUCAACACCAAAACAAUGACCAUUUCCCUCACAACAUCCUCUCCAGAGUCUUCAGCAGCAUCUUCAAAGGACAACCAACAUCCGGUUGAAACUGGCUUACCUGAAAGGACCGGAGAUAAGUCGUCGGAGCCUCCACCACAGCAAGGCGAGUCCAAGCCCAGACCGGCCCUCAGUCUUCAGCAGUACCGCCUGCUGCGCCAGCAGAAAAGACUACCCCUGGUGGUGAAACCUGAGAAUUACACCACCAAAUGGCCCUCUCUACCUGAAACCCCCAAGGAGUUGCCUCCUAUACCCUAUUUGCAAGGACCUAAAUAUAAUGUUUGGGGACCAACAACCACACAUCAUUACAUAGGAAGUAAAACAGGGGAUGAUGUCAGUGGAUUCAAGCCUAUAUCUAAGACUAGGACAAAGAUUGUCUCUCCUGCUUGUCCCAGUAAACCUGGUAAAGGCAUUGGCAUCAAUGGAUCAAAGCCUGUAAGAAGUGGGACUAAGACUUCUCCUGCCAGCUCAGCUUUAAAGCCCAAAUGCAGCUCAAUGGAAGCUAAAUCUGCUAAUUAUGUUGGUGUAUUAAAGCCUAUUUGGACUGAGACCAUCUCUCCUGCUAGUCCCUUACCAAGUCCCAACCUGAACUCCAACUCAGUGGCGGGUCUGGGCCAGAACAGGACUAGCCCAGAAAAGAGUGCUGUUGCGAUCAGUAGCGACCCCCCAAACCCUGUCCUGGUCCCACUACCAGGAACCCGUCCAUCUUUGGAUGGAUUUGAUAGGAGCCAUGGGACCAACCAAGAGAAGCAGGAACAAUCUCUACCUCUGUCCACCACCCAGGAGUCUCCGGCGCCCAAGCCCAAAAUGGUGUUCUGCAACCGGGAUCCAAGCCUGAAGAGCACCAGUCUCCUCCUUGAGAUCCAGCGGAGGUUCUCCACCAAACAACCAUUGCGGAAAGCACUUCACACCCAAAACACUGCAGAGACCAUGAAACAAGGGCAUCAGCCUCGCUCUCUCAGCCCAAGGAAAGGGAUUGAGACCGUACCAGAAGGGUCCAAGUUUUCCCCAAGUGCACCAGUAAUGGCAAGUCCGUCCUCCAGACCCUCAGUCCAUCCACCCACCAAUGCUGUUGUUGCUCCUUACCCAGAGAUGGAGAGGGCAAAGCGGGUAGCCCUUGGGAACCUCCCCCAUGUCCAACUGUCCACCUCUCCAGAGAGUAACACCUGCAUACAGACCCCUACCUGCGGCACAGGAAUCGAAGCCACAGAUCUGACCAGCCUUCUGGAGCGGUUUGAGGAGACACAAGCCAAAGAGGAGACUGAGAGUGAACCUGAAGGCAGUCCAGAUAGGAGCCCUGUUAGAGAUGAAGAGCUGAGCAACAACACUCAAGGGAUGCUGACACUGCUGGGUGCCUAUCUCCUCAGCACCCAAGAAAAACUCUGUGUUCCAGAACCCGCUAGCUUUCCAGAACUUGUCAACACACUUGAACCCCUCAGAACUCCGGAACCCCUCAGAGCUCCGGAACGUUGCGAUACUCAGGAACCUCUCAGCACCCAGAAUGUUCUCAGCACUCAGGAACAGGCCCCUGCACAGCCGCGCUGGAAACCGCUUACCCCUGUCGCACCUCAGAGGAAGCAACCGGCAACCCCCAAACCUCUCCCUCCCAAGGCCAUCCAAAUCAUCGACCCCCGUCCUCUACCACCCAAAAAGGCCCACCCCCUCCCCCCAAAGCCCCCUGUCACCCCCCCUGAGUUCCAGACACCAGUAUCUUUCUCCUCGGACCAUGACUACUGUCUAUCUCAGGAUCAACCAGGGAGUAAUACUACUACGCUAUGCAGCAAAAGACAAACGAUACUCACCGACCACCAACCAAUCACCAACCCCUCCUUAGUGCCUGGCACGCAGAACUCUGGGAAAUAUUUGCGCCAGCAGCAACCAAUGGACUCCAGGACUGUUCCAGAGACAGAACUUCCCUCAGACUCUGCUCCGCCAUCUACAGAUAGCUCCCCCUUUAGGACGGAUGCCAUUACUGCAGGGGAGACACAGGAAGAGAGAACCAGCCCCUGCAUCCCUUCCCCUCCUUCACCCAGUCCCCCUGCAAGAGGUAGGAGGUCGUCCCGGCGCUAUCGGACAAGGUCUUCAUGCUCGGACUCUAGCUCUAGGUCCCCUUCUUCAUCAUCAUCUUCCUCAUCCUCCUCCUACUCUCGAUCCAGGUCUCGCUCUCCACCCCGAAAGAGGUUCUGUCCCAGGCGUUCUGAAAGCAGCUCCUCAUCCUCUUGCUCCAGCUCCGUCUCCCGUUCCCCGGUUCCCUGCCGGUACCGGCUCCCCUACCCACAGUCCUGGAACCGCUCUCGGUCCACAUCAAAGUCCUGGACUCAGUCUGGUUCCAGAUCUAGGUCCAGGUCCCCCACCACACUGGCCUACAGCAGGGCCCAGAGGUGGAGGGACUGCUACAGCUCCAACAACGUCAGGGACUCCAGGAAGCGAAAGAGACAACAAGAUAUGAGGAAUCAAAAACUAAAAGCCAUAGACGAGCGCAGGGUGGUGUACGUGGGCCGCAUCCAGAGGACCAUGAUGCACACGGAGCUGAGAGAACGCUUCUCUCUGUUUGGAGAGGUGGAGGAAUGCACCCUGCACUUUAGAGACAGGGGCGACCACUACGGCUUUGUGACGUUCUACAACAUGAAAGAUGCGUUCGCAGCCAUCGAGAACGGCUACAAGCUGAGGAGACCUGAUGAGCUGCCCUUUGACCUCUGCUUCGGGGGCAGGCGUCAGUUCUGCAAAUCUACGUACGCCGACCUAGAUUCUAAUCGAGAAGAGGAGGACCCCACUCCAGCGAAAAGUAAGGAGGAGGAGCUGGACUUUGACACGCUAUUGAAGCAGGCACAGAAAGGCUUGAAGCGGUAGCAGAGUCCUGGAGGAAGAGAGGGAGCCAAGAAAGAAAAAAGGAAUGAUGGGGAGAAAAGGUCCCAAAUGUCGCCCUAUUCCCUAUAGAGGGCACUAACCUUAGGGCUCUGAUCCCAAAGCAGUGCCCUCUAUAGAAGGGAAUGGGGUGUAAUUUGGGACUGAGCCAACAAGUCAGCAAGAUUUACCUCAGCUAUACACAUGUGCAUACUUUAACAUUAUAGAAAUGUUGUUUUAACUUGUAUUGGUUCACUUUUAUCAACUCAUCUUAUUUUAUUUACUGUGCUAGCAAAACUUUGUUGAUGCAGUAAAAAUAUUUUUAAGAAAAAAAAUCAUAUGUUAAUUAUUAGAAUAUUGUAAACAAAAUAUUAAAAAGUUUAAAGGAAGGAUCUUUAAAUAUCUUUGUUUGCACUAAUAUUGCAUUUGCAAGCUUUGCUUUUCUCUCGUCUGUUAUAAUGUUUAAAAAGUUGAGAUUCCCUUAGUCAUUUUAUUCCCAAUUAUGAACAUGUUCUUUAUGAAUGAAUAAAGACUAUUAUUGUGUAAUACUGAA